UGUGUGUGAUCGGCAGAUCUUCCCAUGCAGCUGAAUCUGGGAAUUUUCGAGUACAACGGGAAAUGUGGCUACAGACUGAAGCCGGAGUUCAUGAGACGGACGGAUAAGCAGUUUGACCCGUUCACACAGAGUACAGUCGACGGGAUCGUAGCACACACACUGUCUGUGAAGAUCAUCUCCGCUCAGUUCCUGUGUGAUAAGAGAGUCGGUGUUUACGUGGAGGUGGAAAUGUAUGGCCUGCCGGUGGACACCAAACGGAAAGCGUUCAAGACCAAGACGUCCCAAAGCAAUGCUGUCAAUCCAGUGUGGGAUGAAGAGCCGAUGGUCUUCAAAAGAGUGGUCCUUCCCACACUCGCGUCACUGAGAAUAGCUGUGUACGAAGACAACGGGAGAUGUAUCGGCCAUCGCAUCAUCCCAGUGUGUGCCAUCCGACCUGGAUAUCAUUACAUCAGUCUGAGGAACGAGAAGAACCAAGCGCUGACGCUGUCGUCUGUGUUCGUCUACACUGAGGUCAAGGAUUACGUCCCAGACACCUUCGCAGAUGUGAUCGAGGCUCUGUCCAAUCCCAUUCUGUAUGUCAGUCUGAUGGAGCAGAGAGCCAAUCAGCUGGCGGCUCUGACACAGGAGGAGGAGCAGGCCGACGGAGAGCAGGUGAAUGGAGGAGGUGAUCUGGUGUCAGAGGUCAUGACUGACCCGAACCCGGCGGCGGCACCAGAGAACGGGCUGAGCCACGACAGCGUCUCGCCCAAACCCUCCGUGGUCAGUCAGCAGACUCCGUCCUCAGGGUCGCUCAAACCCGCUGUGAGGCCUGAGGACGUCGUUCAGAGUGUUUUAACAGAGGUGGACGCUCAGACUGUAGAUGAACUGAAACAGCUGAAAGGUUAUUCGAGGGAAAAGAAGAGGCAGUACAAGGAAUUAAAGGAGGUCAUGAAGAAACACAACAAGAAAACCAAUGACUUGAUCAACGAACACGUGUCGAAACAGAAGCAUCUGCUGAGCGAGUUCCUGCGGCGCAGGUCGGCCCUGCAGAAGAGGAGCGUCUCCCAUCAGAAUCCGGAUCUGAUGGCGUUGGAGCAGGAGAGAGGUCAGAAACUCAGUGAACUGAAGGAUCAGCAGCAGCAGCAGCUCCUCACGCUGAGACAGGAGCAGUUCUACAGCGAGAAGUACCUCAAGCGAGAACACGUCAGACUGCUGGUAGAGAAGCUGGUGACCGUGGCGGAAGAGUGUCAGAGUAACCAGCUGAAGAAACUCAAAGAUCUGUGUGAGAAAGAAAACAAAGAGUUGAAGAAACGGAUGGACAAGAGACGACAGGAGAAGUUUCAGGAAGCCAGAACGCUGGAGAAAACUCUGACUGACGAGAGAAAGAUGGAGAUGAACAGAUCGCACGUGAAUGAGGUGGUGCAGUCCAUCAGACGGCUGGAAGACGCUCAGGCCAAACGCCUGGAGAGACUGCUGGAAAAACAUCAAGAUAUUCGACAGCAAAUCCUGGAUGACAAACCGAAGGAGGACGGCUCGCAGGAACUGGACGCUUCAGAAAGAGCUGGAUCAGGAAUAUCAGGACAAGUUCCGGAGGCUCCCGGUGGAAAUCCAGGAGUUCGUUCAGGAUUCUGCUGCCUGUAAAGCCCAGUCAAGGAACAGCAGAGACGGUCUUCCCGUUUCCACGGAAACGCUCCGGUCGGAGUCGGGAUCUUCUGAGAAAGCAUUCGACACGACACUCUGAGCUUGAGUUUGUUCUUCGUACGCUGUUGAGUUUCCCUGGUUUAAUGUGCACCUUUAGUAUGACGACUGGAUGACCUACUUGAACAACAUAAAAAAAAUUAUAUUUCUUUUUUUCUUACUUUUAAAACUUAGUUUUUACAAGAACUUGCUGCUUAUGUGGAUUUAAAUAUGCGUUUAUGUUUAGACGAGUCUUACUGUCUGAGUCUCUUGCUGAUGUCUGAGCAGUUAUUUAAUAUGAAAUGUUAGACUACUUAAGCGCACUACUUAGGUCACAUCCAGACAUGGCUGCCACAGUUUAGACUUUAUAUGAAUUUGUUUCUUUUAUAUA